AUGUCCCUUCAAAUGCACGGCCUCACCGUCCGAGCUGCGCUCACAUCAUUGGAUGGGCGAUCAGCCAAGUUUCUCGCGAUUCAUGACAUCCAUCCCAUUCGUCACGGCUGCGACAUUUCUGACGGCGACGUUGGCAAGCAUUCUACGAUUCCUCGAAGAGGCGGCGACGCAGAUGAGAGCGAAAGCGAAGAGGAAGCAGAAGAGCUGCAAGCUGGUCACCAGAACCGUCACAGCGGUCGUACAGCGAGCCCCAUGCACGAAAAGGUUCCUUGUUCGGUGUCGGCCAGCUAUGUCGCACCGAUCGAGGAGGAUAUGAUGUGGAUAGUCGAGUAUAGCCCUGUUGAAGCUGGCUUUAGGUGCCCUGUUCCUUUUAUGGUCUACGUCGAGCAUACCAAUGCGGAUGGCGAUGAGCUGUUCCGCAGAGUCAACUUUAAGGAUCCCCUCCUGCGUCGACAAAACAUCGAACUAGGACGUUUGGCUGGAGAGAUCAAAGGCCAUCUGUAUGCCUUUAGCACUUCUGCAUCUGUGAGUCUCACUUUCCAAAGAUGUCUCCAACCUCGGCUGACGCAGCAUUCCACCAACACCGCUACUUCGCUGACAGACGACGACAUUCUCCAUCUAUUUGGGUCUCGCUUCUAGACGCAAUGGGAGAGAUGUGCAAUGGGCCGACAGUCCGUGCCACAAGUUCAAGCUGCUCCACAUCGAAGGUGAUGCUCAGCUGACCGGAGAAGAAUUGAGUCUUCAAACCAAUUCGCAGUCGAUUCCUCCAGUCGGGCUAGAUGAGGGCGUUCAAGUCGACCAGCGCGGUGGACUUUUGGGCUCUUCGCCCGGCAAGCGCAAACGCACGACCGAUGACGAGAUCAACGUCUCGGCCUUGUUGCAGCGUCAAGGAGCGCCUCGUCCAUCUGAUCGUUGCAAUAGUACUGCUACAGAUGUGGAACCCGUACGAGCUUCCUUGGAGCGCACCGUCAUCGAGUUGAGCUCCACUACAAACGGCUCCGGCUUCCUCGAGGCUUUGGACUCGAAGGAGCAGGUGAAGAUAUGUAAGGUCAGGCAAGCUGAAGAGGACGACAGCGUGGAGGAGCAGGGUUUCUUGCCUAGAAGGACCGCAGCUCAGCUUGCGGCGCUUGAAGACGACAAGGCGCAGAUGGCGAGGGCUAUGGCGAGGGCUCAUGCGCAGGAUACGAUCGACGACGAGCAGGAUGAGGACUCGGCCAUCGUCAAGCCCGAAAUGGAACAGCAGCGUAGACGCGCUGACCAAGCAAAUUCUGGCAAAAGCAUCCUCGAGAAGUGCCUGAGGGACGAAGCGGACAAGCAUCAGCGCUUGCGCAAGAUUUGGGCGCGUCAGUGAGUCUCAAGAGCCGAGGUGGCAUUGCCUGCCCGUGAUCAGCGCCCUCUAUUCUGAGAGUCCUGCUUUUCUUUUUCGCAGGGGCGAAAUUCCGGAUGCGAAAGCAGAGGAGAAGGAUGCAGCGAUUCGUCGACACACCAUUUCGAUGGAGAACAAGGAGAAGAAGCAUCAAGCUCACUUGCGCAAGAUAGACGAAAAGUUCGAAGAGGAGCAACAGCACCUGAAUGCGGAACGCGAGAGACUUCAAGAUGAGUGGGAACAGGCAAAGUUGGAUGUCAGGGCUACUAGAAGCAGAUUCAACUUGCCCGAUGUUACGCCCGUCGUCGACCUGCUUGCCGACGACUCUGGAGACGAAGAGCGAAUGCAAGCAUAG